GAGAAAGAAAAAAACUCUUCCUUUCAUUUGGAAUCAUUUUCACUUUUAGUGUAAUACUUUCAUUCCCCUAACACGUAUUGACAUUAAUCAAACUAAUUGUCCUCACAAAGACUUACCUUUAAGUAUCAACUUUUCUAUCAUAAUUUUCAUCAUCAUCUUCCGAUUAAGCAUGAUAACAUUAUCUUCCCAUCGUCUUCCAGUUUCAUGGUGUCAUGAAAAACAACAAUAAACUUUUACCAUUUGUUAGCUCUAUUUGUUUGCAAGUGAGAGAGUGUGUUCAAUGUGUUCAAGUAUAUCCUCAUCCUCAUCAUCAUCUUCAUCUUCAUCAAUCGUCAUCCAAUAAAAGCAAGUGAACAAAUAGUUGAUUCGAGAAAACAACAAAAAAAGUUCAUCUCCUCAUUCAUCAUCAUAGAUUUUUUCCCAUCAUCAUCAUAAAGGUUUCAUUCAAUAUCAUUCCUUAAUUUUCCUUACUGAUUGUGAAUCAACAUUCAAUUGUAGAUUGACUUGAUAUCCUUGAUAAUCAUCACAAUUAAUAUGUAACCAAUUGAUUAACGAUUCUCAUUUCAAACGAAAAGGAUUCACACUCGGGAUUAUCUACAAUGGGUUAAACUUUUGGAUUAGAAUAACUUUUUUCCCCUUUUCUAUUUCCAUGUGUUAAUCUAAUUAUUACCUCAUUUGAUAUUUUGUUAUUGAUUAAAUGAUAAUCUGAUAAUCAAAUUACAAUUGUUUCUUUUAAUAUAUCAACAGCAAUUAAGUUUCAUUGUAACAAUUCAUCAAUUACCAUCUCUAUUUGUCUCAAUGUGAUAAUAGUUUUUUUUUGAUAUUAGUGAUAAUUUUAAAAUCUCUGUUAAAUAGUUAACCUUGAUUAUAUUAAUCAGAUGAUUGUUUUAUCAUUUUAAAAGGUAGUCAGAUUAGUGUAAUAGUGAUUAGUAGAUUGAUUAAUUGUCUAUCUAUUAUGAUUAGUAAUCCUUCAUCAAUAACAUCCUCUGCAUCAACAGUAAUUACAACAACCUCGGUAGUUGCUUCAUCUCCCUCAGUGUCAACAUUAACCUCAUCUUCACCUUCAUCACCUUCAUCAUCUUCCUCCACACCUUUAUCAUCAACAUCAUCAUCAACACCAGUAACAACAAUUAAUCAGUAUGUUACCAGUGUGACUAAUAAGCAAAUAACACCAUCAUCAACUUCAUCAUCAUCAUCACAAUCAUCACCAGAAGCUAUUCAAGUUAUUUAUUCAUCAUCAUCUGAUUCCUUGUGUCCACCCACAGGAGGAGAUGAUGGUGACAAGGAGAGUGGUGAUCAUGGUGGUUCCAUGAAGGAUAAAAGGCUUAAUCAAAACACUGGUCAGCCUCCAUUAAAAAGUAUCUUAAGUCCAUCAUCAGCUCGAAGACCAACUCAAUUGUUAUGUGAAACAUCAUUAACUUUCAAUGAAUCAAAUGAGAUUCAUGGUGUUUCUCAGAUGGAAACAAAUAAUCAUGAUCAGGGUAAGAGACGGAAAGUGGGUGAAAGGGAGGAUCAAGAAGAUAAUGUAAAAAGUGAUUCUUGUCAUGAGAUCAAUGGUGGUGGUCAAGGAAUUGGUAAUGAUAAUGGUGGUGUAAUCGCCUCUACCAUAGGUAGUGGUGGUGGUGGUGGUGAAGGUAGAAAAGGGAUUUAUGGGAUCAUGAAAAGUGCCUCAUCUCCUGUUGAUCGUAAGAAAAAAGCUCGUGUUGAAUUUAGUAAUAUAGUUGAUGAACGUCGAGCCUCGACCAGUUUUGGACCAAUAACUAAUAAUCACCAUCGAGAAUCCCGAUUAAGUGUCCUUAUAUCAAGUUCCACCUCGAGCAGUUCAAGUUCAUCUUCUUAUAAUCAAAAUCCUCGCUCUCGAUAUCAACAACAUCACCAUCACUUUGGUUUAACCUCACCAACAUCUCAUGGAAAUUCAGAUGAAGGUCGAAGAGGAAGUGACCUAAUGAAACUGUUCACCCGUCGAAGAUCCCGAUCACCAACAUCACUUUCAGCAGCCUCUUGUCGUCGACUUCAACAACCUCGUCUAAGUCUAUUGGGUAAACCAAUUGUACCUCGAUCGAUAAAACAACGAGAUCCAAGAUAUCGUCGAACUCAAAUUUUAAUUCACAAUUUCCUCGAAAGACCCCGAGGCAAAAAGGCUGUCGUUUAUCAUUUAUUACAGUUUUGUAUGGUAUUUACCUGCCUUAUUUUGAGUGUUUUUUCAACAAUUAAAGAGUACGAAGAAGCUGCUUCAGCAAUACUAUUAAAAAUGGAAUUAUUAAUGAUUGUUUGGUUUACUGUUGAAUUUUUUUUACGACUUUGGUCAGCUGGGUGUCGAUCACGAUACCAGGGUUGGGUUGGACGAAUGCGUUUUUUACGAAGCCCAUUUUGCGUAAUCGAUAUUGUUGUUAUUAUCGCAUCGAUUGUGGUCUUUAUCGUUGGAACUGGUGGUCAAGUUUUCGCUACAUCGGCUCUUCGUGGCCUUCGAUUCUUCCAAAUACUCCGAAUGGUUCGAAUGGACAGAAGAGGUGGAACCUGGAAGUUAUUAGGUUCAGUUGUCUAUGCACAUCGACAGGAACUAAUCACAACCGUUUACAUUGGAUUCUUGGGUCUCAUAUUUUCCUCAUUCCUUGUAUAUUUAGUUGAGAAAGAUUCAAAUCCUGAGACAUUUAAUAAUUUUGCCGAUGCCCUUUGGUGGGGAGUGAUAACACUUUGUACAGUAGGUUAUGGUGAUAUUGUACCUAAAACAUGGCCUGGUAAACUAAUCGCGUCUUUUUGUGCACUUCUUGGGAUCUCAUUUUUUGCCUUACCUGCGGGUAUCCUUGGUUCUGGUUUCGCUUUGAAAGUUCAACAACAACAGAGACAAAAACAUAUGAUCAGACGCCGAGGACCAGCAGCGACUUUAAUCCAAUGCCUUUGGCGAUGUUACGCUGCCGAUGAAAAUUCAAUGUCAGUGGCCACUUGGAAGAUCCACCAAGUACCACUUCCAAGUCCUCCAGCAUACACUUCAGGCUCAUUUACGUUACGACGUAAAGAAAAGUUGGAUUUGCCUCCUUCGAGUGGCAGUUUAUUUAAACACAACACUUCAUUUGUCAGCCGUUUCUCAACAAAACGCCGUCACAAACCCACAACCACACCUUCCCAUGUCCACUCUCCGGUCACUCGUAAUCGUUAUACUUCAUUAUCUGAUACUGCCAAUCAACGUAACGAUGGGAACAAUAAUAAUAAUUCAAAUACUUCUAAUUCUAAUAAUAAUAAUACCUCAGAUGGACCAAGAAUACCGGCCAGUGUUAGUGAAGACAGUGUGACCAAAGAGGUUUCGGACACUUCGAAGCGAAACUCUGAAGGACCUUCGUCUAGAAACUCGUUUUUGAGGAACCUUGAUUCCCUAGACGUGGACGAUGGGUCAGUUCCGUUGGUAUUAUGUCAUAUGCUGCAACGAGAUUGCAAUCACCCACCUUUACUUGCUCUUUCACCCACCUUUCAACCUCAUCUCUACGAUGCCUCAGAACUGUCCCCCGACGAGAGGCCAAGCUACUUUUGUGCACCAAACUUAUUUUCACGAUCUCGAAAACAGAGCAUUAAAUUGGAUGAGGAACCGGAAGAACCAAAGCUAACUGUGUUAACGAAGCAACAUAAAAACGCAAUAAGAUCACUUCGAAAGAUCAAAUAUUUUGUUGCUCGAAGAAAGUUCAAAGAAGCCUUGAAACCUUACGAUGUAAAGGAUGUCAUUGAACAAUAUUCCGCAGGUCAUGUUGAUCUAUUGGCGAGAACAAAAAAUAUCCAAGCAAGAUUGGACGUUAUUCUUGGUAAAGUUGGAUCAAAAGCCAUCGACGCCUACGAAUCUAAAAUGAGCUUAGCAUCGAGAAUAGUUAAAGUUGAAAGAACGGUUGAAGAUGUUGAAAAUAAGGUUGACCAAUUAUUAGAAAUGUAUCUGGAGGAUCGGAUCAAUUUCCAAGCACUUUCGACAAUAAUAAUUAACCAUAAUAAUCGACCUGGUCCAGUAUCGGGUUCAAUCAAUUCUAAUUGUGCUAAUGGUCAUCAACAAUCACAUUAUCAUCAUCAUCAGCAGCAACAACAACAAUAUACUCAAUAUCCAUACUCAAAUUAUGCUCAAGAUUUAACAUCACCUCCACCUCCACUUUCAUCAAUUUUAACACCCACCUCGAUUACGGUUGCACCUCCUUCAAGUGUUAACAAUUUAAUAUCAACCUCACCUGGUCCACCUACAAGUUUAAUCACUUCCCCUUCUUCCGGUCCAUACUCAUUUUCACCUUAUAUUGGUGGAGGUGGACCUGGAGUUGGAUGCUCAUAUGUCGGUGCUCCGGUCACUUGUCUAACCCGACCCAAGCCUAUUCUGGUUGAUAAACAAUCCUCUGAACCCAACACUCCAGUUUCCAAGAAUUUUGACCGUCCAAUGACCAGAGGGAACUCUGACCUUUCCCAAAGGUUUGUCAAGAAACGGGUCACACUUCGUCAUUCCCUUGAUACCUGUUCUCCGGCCACAACUUACCGAUCAGGUCAAACUGGUGGAUUAGGUUUUGUUGGACCAUCAAGUGGAGGAAACGGAACAGGUUGGGGAGGUGGAAACUCCCAAUGGUCAAGAGCUGUUUCCUCAGUUGCUUCGUCUUCAUCAUUCUCAGCAUUAGAUCAAGGUUGCAGUUCACGUAAUCGAACAGUUAAAUCUGAAUCUUCCCUGGGCUGUGUUAUUCAUCCUUCAACCUCAUCAACAACUCCCUCAAUUAUCAUUGCACCGGAAGGAUCUUCAUUAGCUUACUCAUCUCCAGCAUCUUCAACUUCAUACCUUCUAGGAAGCGGAUGUGGACGAAGAGAUUCCAAUUUCGAUAGAGAUUCCAUUUCAACUCAAAUGUCCUCCAUCGAUUCAACGGAACAAGAUUUACUCUCAGAGGCUUGUACUCUUGCAACGGAAGUUACAUCACUUUCCGAUCAAGAAUAUGGUCCAAUGUCCUCAGCUAGUGGUCAAUUUGAAUCGAUCAGGGAAACAUCUCCAAUCCCUGGACAAGAGUCAAAUUAUCAACAAUAUCAACCUUAUCUUAUACAGUCCCAUCCACAACCACAACCACAACCCCAACAGCCUCAACAACAAAAGCCAACGACAUCAAUUAUAGCAAGUAAAAUAUCAAGAGAUUCAAGUGAUAACAAUUUAUACCAAUCAAGUCAGGGGAGUUUCAAGGUGCCAACAACAACAAUAUCAACAUCAGCUUCAUCUUCAUCAUUAUCAUCAUCAAUUCCAACUCGAACCAGUUAUCUUUCUAGUAGUAGUAUUGAAGAGGGAAAUGGUAAUUAUCAUCGUCUUAGUAGGGAAUCAAUUGAAAAGGAUGAAUCUGAUUGUGACCUUAGCAUAUCAACGGUCAUUCACAAGGAAACCGAUUCAUUGAUGAAAAAUUUAAUUCCAAUGGGAUCAACAUCACCACCACCUCCAUUAUCAUCAGAAUCAAAAGUAACCUCAAUACCGACAACAAUAGUAACCACAACCUCCUAUUCACCCUCACCAGCCUAUCGAUGUCACCAUCCUCAUCAUUAUCAUCAUGUUUCCCACCGGCGAGACCAACAACAACAACAACAACAACAACAUCACCUCCAAUCAUCAUCAUCAACAACAACAACAACUCCGACAUUUUCAUCAAUAUCACCUUCAGUUUCACCUUUAUUCCCUUCCUCCUUGACCCCAGUUCCCCCAGCACCCUCAACACCAACACCAACACCAACAUCAACCUUAUCAACCACAACUACCACCACAAUCCCAACCUUGAGAAUCCAAUCAACAACACCAACCACCACCCCAACCAGUGGUCUAUCAACAGCGGUGGUCCUUAAAUCAAGCAAAUCAAAGGAAUCAGAUAACCUUUGACACCUUCUCAAUCCUCUAUUGAAAAAUACAUUCGUAUAGAUAAUCAAUUGUAAUCAAUUAAAUUAAAUUAUCACUCAACACAAUUUAACAUUAAUAUCAAUUUGAAAUCAACAAUUUUUUUUUCAUCACCAAACCAUUUGUAUUAUAAUUCAAAUUUUAAAAUCAAUUAAUUAUGUAAAGUUAAAAAAUCUUUUCAAUUAACUAAUUAAUAUUACUAUUAUUUGAAUAUAUAUAAAAUUUAAAACUAAUUGGUUAAUUAUCAAAUGAAAAACUAAUCAACAACAAACAAUUGAAAACUAAUUUGUUUAGAUAAUUAAUAAACUCAAUUACUGUUACUAAUUUGUUAACUAAAUAAUCAUAAUUAAUAAUAAUAAUGUUGUUAAUAUAUAAUUGAAUCAACAACC